GAAAAAUUCAUAAAAGGGCACAAGCUACAACACUAAUAUGCCCUUUGUCUUUAUAUUCAUUAGUUCAUUUCUGAAUUCCGAUAAACUUAUUGCGUAUAUAUUAUUAUUAUAUAUAUGAAACACACGACAGAGCUUUAUAGAUGAGAGACAGAAUCAGAAAACGCAAAUAAAAAAGUUGAGAGGAAAAGGAAAAGAAGAGGCUUCAUUCCUCUCCAAUUUUGAAGUUUAAAUCUUUCUACUUUUGAUCAACCUUAAGAUUGCUUUUCUUCUUUGGAAGCUUCAACUGUUCUUCUAGCGUUGUUUUGUGAUGAACUGUCAUUCACCUUCAACAAGAUGAAUGGAUUCUCCACUGUGGAUGGCUUUGUGGAGAUAACUGAAUCCCUGGCAGAUAUGAUCAAGUAUGUGGCGAAUGAACCCUCAGUGGGCCUUUUCUAUGUUCAACAGCACACCCAACAUGCAGUUCCUAAUGUAGUUAAUCUCAAUAAUCAUGUUGUCAAAAAGUCUCGUGAAGCAACUUUGCACACAGAGGACUUAGAAGAUUCUAUCACCAUGGUGAGGUCAAUGAAGGAGUGUGGCUUCCCCAUUGCUGAUGAGAUGAUUAAGGACAUUAGGAAUUCUCUAACGUUAAUGUCAGCAAAACAACCAAAGAGAGGAUUGAUCCACAGUCCUGUUUCAAGCUUUCAGAUUAGAAGAACUAGCUCUUGGGGACCAAUGUCCUGGGGUCAUGGUUCUGGAAAUGCCCAGCGGGAUGGAACUAAUUAUUUUUCAACUGUAAUCAAGUCAGCAAGACAAAAGGCAAGCAAUUUUAAGUGGCCACAACUUGAGUCCAAGGAACAGACAGAAACCAAGUCACAGAACCUGCUUCCACGUCCUGCCCCGCCAUUAUCAGUUGCAUCUGCCAGCACUAGUUCAAUUCCUGAUACAGAAGUUGAUGAGCUACCCUUAUCCAGUCUUAUGGCAGAUGAACUUCAUGAAGAAGAAGAAAAGGAAGAAACUGAAGAUGAUGUCAAUCUGUCACGUCGCAAUUUAUUGUUAAUGUCGGAAAACUAUGAUGAUUUCAAGGUUGAUAAAGAAGCUAAACUAGAACAAUGGUUGGCAGGAACUGAAGGCAAAAUGGACAAAAGUAAGGGAGAAAGUGAUACAGGUGGGCUUUAACUUGACAGUUUUUGGAUUGAAAAAGAAGCUUGAGCGCUGUAAAUAUUGUUGUUUGUUAUAACAGUAUCUCCAGAGAAUGAUUAUAUAUUGUAUGAUUAAUUGUGCGGUUUAUUCUUUGAUAUCGAAAUUAAAUUGCAGUUUUCACUCACGCACUUGUAGACUGUGUGGGACAUUCUGCAGUGGCAGGAGUUAUAUUUCCAUGGCAAAUUUCCACUCCAUCAAACCAUGAAACCUCCGCCAUGCAGACAUUGAUUACAUUACCGGACUUGUCUGCAUCUUCGUUCAUGCCUAAAGAAGCAGUCCAGGCUAUGCUUUAUAGCAAAUUGGCCUAAGCCCAGAGC